AGAAAUUGAAGGCGAGGUCCCCUGCCAAGCUCCUGUCUUACUUGCCUGCAAGUUCCCGCUUCUGGGGCCCGCAGGCGCAGUUGCGAGUCAACUUUUUUUGGGAGUGGGCCACCUAAAUAGCUGCGGAGGAGACUCCGUGUUCAACAUCGCCCACCGCGCAAGCAAGACCUCGACACCGCACCUUUCGAUCGCCGUCUCUGCACAUUGAGACAACUUGUGUUCAAUCGUUGAGCUGUUCUCACAAUCACAUUCGCUUGAAGCUGUCCUCACAAUGUCCCAAAUGUACAGUUCGGUCGACAUUCUGGUCAUUGGAGCCGGCCCCACGGGUCUUGGUGCUGCCAAACGACUUAAUCAGAUCAAUGGCCCAUCAUGGCUGAUCUUGGACUCGAACGAGAUCCCUGGCGGUCUGGCCUCGACAGAUGUGACCAAAGAAGGAUUUCUCUACGAUGUUGGUGGCCAUGUCAUCUUCUCCCACUACAAGUACUUCGACGAUUGCAUUGACGAGGCCUUGCCCAAAGAAGACGAUUGGUACACCCACCAGAGAAUCUCGUACGUGCGCUGCAAGGGACUAUGGGUGCCAUAUCCUUUCCAGAACAAUAUUGCGAUGUUGCCAAAAGAAGACCAAGUCAAGUGCAUGGAUGACCUGAUUGACGCCGCUCUGCAAGCGAGAGUCGCAAUCGACAAGCCCAAAACUUUCGAUGAGUGGAUUCUGCGCAACCAGGGUGUCGGAUUGGCGGACCUCUUCAUGAGGCCGUACAACUUCAAGGUCUGGGCUGUCCCAACAACAAAGAUGCAAUGUGCAUGGCUCGGUGAACGUGUGGCUGCUCCCAACGUCAAGGGCAAUGUGCGAAACAUCAUUCUGAAUCAGGCCGCUCCAAAUUGGGGACCCAACGCCACCUUCAGAUUCCCAGCCCGCGAUGGAACUGGUGGUAUCUGGAUCGCUGUGGCCGACACACUCCCCAAGGAGAAGAAGCGCUUCGGCAAGAAGAACACUGUAAAGAAGGUGGAGGCAGACAAGAAACAAGUACUUCUGGAAGACGGCACUACAAUCAAAUAUGAGAAGUUGAUCAGCACCAUGGCAGUGGACGCACUCGUGGAGUCAAUGGAGGACGAGACGCUCAUCAAGCUGUCCAAAGAUCUUUUCUACAGCAGCACCCACGUCAUUGGUGUCGGCAUCCGUGGCACUCGCCCGGACCGGAUUGGCGACAAGUGCUGGCUCUACUUCCCCGAGGACGAUUGCCCAUUCUACCGAGCCACCAUCUUCUCCAAUUACUCACCCUACAACCAGCCACAAGAGGAUGUCAAGCUGCCUACUCUCCAAUUGGCCAAUGGAUCCCGCCGGCAGAGCAUGCAGGCCAAGGGAGGACCAUACUGGUCGAUCAUGUUGGAAGUCUCCGAGUCAAGCAUGAAACCUGUAGACCAGGAGAACUUGAUGAAGGACUGUAUUCAGGGGUUGAUCAACACUGAUAUGCUCAAGCCGGAAGACGAGAUCGUGUCAACCUACCACCGACGAUUCGAUCACGGAUACCCGACUCCGUCGCUCGAGCGUGAAGGAGUCCUCAAGGAGCUGCUCCCAGCUUUGGAAGCCAAGGACAUCUGGAGUCGAGGACGAUUCGGUUCAUGGAGAUAUGAGGUUGGUAACCAAGACCACUCGUUUAUGUUGGGUGUGGAGGCCGCCGAUCACCUCGUCAACGGCUCCGUGGAACUUACGCUCAAUUACCCCGACUUUGUCAACGGACGUCAAAACAAGGAACGAAGACUUGUUGAAGGAGCCCAGGUGUUCGGCAAAGAGAAGAAGGCCACCAACGGAAACGUGGUGGUUGGCCGACGCAUGACGGGCGGAAAGACCGAGCUGGGUGGACGUGCGGAGACCGCUGGCAAGGAAUCCUUGAAUGGCGAUGCUCGCACAGCUACUGCAGGCAAGGACGGCAACUCGAGAGUUCUGAACCGACAAUGGUAAGGGGAAGACAAGACCUUGGAAAGAGGAAAGAUGAACAUGGUUAUGGUUUGAGCGAACUGUGGGCGGCGUGCUGGAUGUCAUGGUGAUGGAGUACACUAUUUUGUCGGUGCUGGUCGAAUACGGGACUUGAUACACAUUUCUGCAAAAAUCAGUUAUUAGACGGCGGCAUUUGGGUUUCUCGGUAGAUCAAGGGAAAUGGGAAGGUUUAGGUAUCCAAGAAAUGCUGUUUGACCUAGUCAAUUCCCUGGUUUUGGUAAGAUAUGGUCUACAUUGUGAAGAUAGAAUAACCCUGAUUCGAAACACCUUCUCCACUGUGCUGACUGAAGAGUGAAAUGCGGGGAGAACUAAAAUAGAC